CGCAGGAAGUGUCCACUCGCCUUCCACUAGCAUGGCGACAUCCUCUCAGUACCGUCAGCUGUUGAGUGACUAUGGGCCACCAUCGUUAGGCUGUACCCAGGGAACCGGGAACAGCCAGGUGCCUCAGAGCAAAUAUGCCGAGCUGCUAGCCAUCAUUGAAGAACUGGGAAAGGAGAUCAGACCCACAUAUGCAGGGAGCAAGAGUGCCAUGGAGCGGCUCAAACGAGGCAUCAUCCAUGCCCGAGGGCUGGUUCGGGAGGGCUUGGCUGAGACAGAACGCAAUGCCAGAUCCCAGUCUCAUUAGAUCUGAAGGUCCUGUCUUUCUACAAGAUGGGAGGUUACAGUUCAUCUCUCCUGUUGAGACAAAACUUUGUUUUCAAAAUGGUAACCAUUUAGUUUUUUCUACCAUGG